AUGCAGAGAACCUUCAGUUACUCAAGCCAGCAAUAUGGAGCUUCAACACCUCCUCCAUCUUCUUCAUCGGGAACAACAACCACAACAGGAUCCUCAUCAUCGAUAUCACCUGUUAAUAGUGGAUCAUCUGUUUCUCCAUCUCAACAAAAACAGGCUCUCAAGAAAAAGUUAAAUUAUUUGAAAAUAGAAAGGAAAGAGAAAAAAAAAGCCUAUGUCAAGGAUUCCAUUAUGGCCACUGAAUAUGCCGAUGCUUGUAGAAAAUUAAUUGCAAAAUUUAAAACUAUUCAACCAAUUGUUUCGGCAGAUGUACCUGAUAUUGAACGAUUCAUGAAAGAGUAUAGAUUGGAUUGUCCUGCAGCAACUAAUCGAUUGCUUAAAGUCGGUGUUCCAGCAACAGUCGAACAUGGAGGAAAGGAUCCUAACCAAACUGCACCAACUGUUAAAUUGAUUGCACAAGCGACCCAAUACUUUAUCACCGUCAUGGAUACCAUAAAACUUGGAUUGUUAGCCAAAGAUCAAUUAGCUCCGAUUUUGGUUGAUCUCAUGGAUUCUCUAAAUUCAUUACAUAUCAAAGACUUUGAAGGAAAGACAAAGAUUAGAGAUUGGACUGUUACUUUUAACCAGAUGAAGGCCCACGAAAGCAUAGAUGAGGACCAGGCACGACAAUUGUAUUAUGAUAUUGAACAGGCCUAUAACCAAUUUCACAAAGUGUUGCAAUAG